AUGACCACCGCAUCUCCCGUGCCCAUGCGCAAGCAGGUGGAGGACUACAUCUCCAAGCUGCAGGUCGACAUCGUCGAGGCGUUCGAGAAGCUCGACCCGAGCGCGCCCCCGUUCAAGCGCGACUCCUGGGUGCGCGCGCAGGGCGGGCGCGGCCUCUCCUGCGUCUUCGCCGUGGACCCCGCCGAGUACACCCCCGAGGCCGCCGCGCACUUCGCGCUCGAGAAGGCCGGGGUGAACAUCUCGGUCGUGCACGGCCUCCUGCCCCCCGCCGCGAUCAAGCAGAUGCGCGCCGACCACGGGAACAUCCCGGACACGGGCGAGAGCCUGCCCUUCUUCGCCGCGGGCAUCUCCCUCGUCGUCCACCCGCGCAACCCGCACGCGCCCACCACCCACGCCAACUACCGCUACUUCGAGCUCGCCGCGCCGCACGCCGAGGGCGCCGCGGCCCCGAAGGUGCUCGCGUGGUGGUUCGGCGGCGGCGCGGACCUCACGCCGUUCUACCUCUACGCGCCCGACGCGCAGCACUUCCACGCGACGCACAAGGCCGCGUGCGCCCCGCACGGCGCCGCCGUCUACCCCGCGUUCAAAAAGUGGUGCGACGAGUACUUCUACAUCCCGCACCGCCAGGAGACGCGCGGCGUCGGCGGGGUCUUCCUCGACGACCUCAGCGGCGAGCCGCACAAGCGCUUCCCCGGGCCCGCGGACGCGCAGCGCCCGCGCACGCAGGACGCCAUCUUCGCGCUCGUGCGCGCGCUCGGCGACGCGUUCGUCCCCGCGUACCUCCCCGUGCUCGCGCGCCGGUGCGCGACCCCGAGCGACGCGCGCGCGCGCCGGUGGCAGCUGCUGCGCCGCGGGCGCUAUGUCGAGUUCAACCUCGUGUACGACCGCGGGACCAAGUUCGGGCUCGCGACGCCCGGCGCGCGCAUCGAGAGCAUCCUCAUGAGCCUGCCGGAGACCGCGCGGUGGGAGUACCAGACGGACAUGGGCGCCGAGGGCACGGAGGAGGCCGAGCUCGUCGAGGUGCUGAAGAACCCGAGAGAGUGGGCGUGA